CAAACUCUUAAGAUGUAAAAACCAGAAUACAUAUAUAAUCAUCAAAGUUAAGCAUUAGAUAUUCUAUCAAUUGGAACAGCUACUUGUAGAUUUAAAUCCAUUCUUUAUUUGAAUAAUAACAUUAUUUUACCAAUAGCAACAUCUAUUGCUGUUUAUGACAAUAUGUAAAAUAUAAACUUAUUUUAUAGAACAUUUAAUAAAGUUGUAUAAUUUCAAACAAAUCAAAGUACAAUAUAUAGUUUAAUUAAUAACACUAAUUUUAUUUAUGCAAUUGGUCAUGAUGGAGAUAUAUGUUAGUUGGAUAUCAAAACUUACUAAAAAGUGAAUUACAUAAAUCAGUAAUUAAUGAAAUAUAUUUAAUAGUCGAAUAGGUUCAUAAUGUAGAUGGUCAUCAAUUGAAGGUGAAACAUUAAUGAUAAGUGCUGAACACUCAAAAAAUAAAGGAACUAUAUAAGUUUUAAAUGCAACGACACUUAAAUAGAUUAAAGUAUAUGAAGGCUGUUAUUUUUAUGGUUGUGUUUAAAAUUCAGUUUAUUAUUUAUUAAAAUCCAAAAGAUUUGGAAAAUUAAGUAAAAAUGAAAAAGCUGCUUUAAAAUAUAAAGAUUUAAAAAAAUACAAGAACAAUAAAUAAUUUUUAUUUGAUCUUGAAAUUCAUAGUCAAUAAGGAUUAGAAAGGGUUUUACCAUUUGAAACUGAACCAGGAGAUAUUUUAGUUAUUGCUUAAAGUCCUAAAUAUAUAGCUUAUUUUUAUUAUGAUAGAAGAAUACUUAUUUAUGAUAUAGAAAAGUGUUAAAUUCAUAUUCAUAGAGUUGAUGGAAAUGGAGUAUUAUAAGCAGCUUGUUUUUAGAAUGAUUUUGAAUUAGUAUUUUAAAAUAAGAUUAAAGAAAUUACUAUCUUAAACUUAUAAACUAUGGAAAAGAUUGUUUAGUAAUAUAAAUAAGGAUUAAAUACAUAAGUGUAAGCGAUCUAUAAAUAGAAUGAAAUUUUAAUAACUGCAUCAGAAGAAAAUGUAACAAUUUAUAAAAGUACUCAUGUAUUACACAAAGAAUUUGGAGGAUUAACAAAAUGUGGUAUAGAUUUUUAUAAAAAUGAUUAUGUUGUUAGUGGUGAUUUUUUGGGAAAUAUUACAAUUAAUUAAUUAGAUACUGGAAAAGUCAAAAGUGAAUAUUUUAUAGGAUCACCAAUACGUUCUAUUGCAUGCAAAGAUAAUAUCAUUUAUAUUGGUACAAUGGAAGGAUAAUUAUAUAAAUAUCAAGAUGAUGAAUGUUAUUAAUUUGAUUAAAUUGAAGGAUCAAUUACUUGUAUUAGAGUUAAAAAGGAUGAUUUGCUAAUUUCUUCAACUCAUGGAUUAGUGAGAUUGUAUAAAAAUGAAUAACCCUUAUUCACAUUUUUAGCUCAUCCUCCUAAAGAGAAAUCUGAAUUAUUUGGAUCACUUAACAUACAUGCAGAUAUUUGGACCUGUAUAUUCAAUCCAGAAUAAGAUAUAUUUGCUACAGGUUCUGAAGAUUAAUGUGUUAAAGUUUUUGAUUAUAGUUAAAAGUAAAUUGUUGAAUUGACUGGACAUAAAUUAGCUGUUACUUGUUUAGAUUGGAAACACUCAUAAAAUUAAUUAAUAUUGUAUUCUUGUAGUGAUGAUAGAACAAUAAGAUUGUAUGAUUAAUCAUAUAAUCUCAUCAAAGUAAUUAAUACAUUUUUUAUUAACGAAUGGUUUACAUUGACUUAUAUGAGUGUCUUUUAGAACCUUCUAGCUAUUGGUUGUUAAAAUGGAUAUUUCUUUUUAUAUGAUUAGUAACAAGGAGAUUUUAUUGUUGCAUAAAAAACACAUAUGGGUGGAAUUGAAGGAUUAGUUAUGAAUUCUAAAUAUAUUGCAACCUGUUCAAGUGAUGAUUGUGUAAAUGUUAUAAAAAUUAAUUGA